AUGCUGGACAGAGAUGAUGUCAGCAAUGAUGUUAGCGGCGCACUCCUCGACAUUCCGGCGACACCCACAGACAACGUACAGAACAACAGCUACAUACCAAACAUAUUAACGGCUGUGAUCAUCUUAUCAUGGUACUUCUCCAACAUUGGAGUUCUUUUACUCAACAAGUACCUCAUCAGCAUCUACGGUUACAAGUACCCAAUCUUCCUUACCAUGCUCCACAUGCUAUCCUACGCCGUAUGCAGCUUCAUCGCCAUUAAUUGGCUCGAGAUUGUUCCUUUCCAGCAAAUCUUAUCUCGUCGCCAGUUCUUCAAAAUCUUCGCUCUCUCUGCCAUUUUCAGCUUCUCCGUCGUCUCCGGCAACAUCUCUCUUCGCUACCUACCUGUCUCCUUCAACCAAGCCAUUGGCUCCACCACUCCUUUUUUCACUGCCAUCUUCGCCUUCCUCAUCACUUUCAAGAAAGAGUCCCUCCAGGUAUUUCAAUUCAUAAUUCAAAAGGCAAAUUACACUGGUCACAUUAAACUCUUCAUUCAAACUAUGAUUGAAUCAACAGCAGCAGAACCAAAGACAAAAUGA